CGCACCAAGUCAUCCUCCGGCAGCCACAAGACUGGCGCCCCCGUCCUGCCAGCAACACCGCCGCGCGCUGCCGCCCCCAGCAGCAGGGCCGCCCGGACGGGCGGCAGCGUCCGCGCCUCAGUGCCGAGCCACCGCGUCAGCGCGCGGGGCCGCGGAGGCGGGGCCAGGGCGCCGCCCCCGGGGCACGGUUCGGCCACCGUCGGUGGCCAGCGCCCGGCCGUCGCCAGGACCAACCUGACCCCCUGCAGACCACCAGACGGAGCGGCCAGACGGCCAGUCCUCACGCCGCAGCCUUCGGGUGCGUCUAAUAAGUACAGAUUAGAGUCCAUCUCCAUCCCCACGAUGGCUGAUAGCAGACGAAUCCUUUCUGGUCACUCCAGGAGCGACCCGCACUCGCCCGCCGCCCAGGGUGGCCUCCCUCGCGUCGGUGUCGCGAGCCACCGCCGCACCUAGACCGCGCCGACGCAGGCGCACUCGCCGACCUUCCAGGGCGUUGCUCCAGCCCGAACCUUCCCGGUCCAGGACGACGCAAUACUCCAGCGCGUCCCUCCGGCCUUCCCGCUCCAGACCUACGCAGUCCAGGGCGUCACUCAAGCCCCAGCCAUCCCUCUCCAGGACAAAGAACGCCCCCAGGGCGGUGCUCAGACCCCCGCCAUCCCGCUCCAAGACAAGGAACGCAUCCAGGGCGGCCCUCAAGCGUGCACCAUCUCGCUCCACGACGAAGCAGAACAUCUCCAGGGCGGCGCUUAAACCCCAGCAAUCUCGUUCAAAGACAAAGAACAAUGCGUUGCCACAGCCAUCCCGCACCAAGACGUCGCUCAACCACCCUCACUCCAGAACGACUCACUUGAACGGAGAACUCCAGCCUCUGCCUUCCAAACGGAGAGCGGUGGCGUCCCAGGCGUCGAUAGCGACGCCGUGGCGUUCGAGAGAGACGCCCUCCUCCAGGGUGUCUGUACCUCGCCGAUCCAGGAAGUCUCCGUCCUCGCAGUUGUCCCUGGGGGCCGCGAGGACCGUAGCGGCAACUCGCUCGCGGCUGCCACCGCCGGCCGUGCAUCGGGGCGUCCGCGGCGCGGCAUCCUACUCGGACGUGACGGGGAUGGACUGGAGCGACGGCGAGGCCCGCGGCCGCGGCCGAUGUCAGCGGGCGGCCGGCAGGAUCCGGAUGCACCGCGCCCUGGCGCCCGCUCCGCGAGGCGGUGAGCAGGAGCAGCCGACGGGGUCCUGGCCGUGGCCGUGCGCGGGGCGCCGCUCUGACCGCGCGGACCGAGCCGACCGGCCGCCCACCCGCCGCGUCAUGCCCGGAGCACCUGCAGGCCGGCCCGCGGGCCCCACCGCCCUGGCGCCUCUGCCCGCCCAGCGGGGGCCCAGCGCGGCCAUGCUGCAGCUGCAGGUGGCCCAAGACCUCCUGCGUCCCGAGUGCAUCCGGCAAAUGUCGGACCGCUGCCUGGCGCAGCCCCCGCCGAGCAAGAAGCCGUCGCCGAUGAAGCGCGACAGCAAGGUGGCCGCCGUCGCCAUCGCCGCCGACAUGGACCGCGGCGGCGUGCCCGCCCCCGUGUCGACGGCGAGGUGGUACGGUCCGGCCACGACGAAGCAGCGCCAAGGACUGCCCACUCCGGACCAGGCCGCGGGCCCCGCGCCGCCCUCCGCGCCGCCGCUGCUGGAGCUGCCUCGGACCUCCGCCAGCAAGCCGUCCGCAGAGCCCUCGCUGACCAGGGUCACGCGGCGCUGCUCGGGCAGCGCGCUGCGCCAGCACCCCGACGUCGCGGACGUGCCGCGGCCGUGCCGGCGGAGGAAGUCUGCCGUGGCCGCGGGGCACGGGAUGGCCGGGCGGCUCAGGGCGCCACGCACGCAGAGGUGCACCGGCGAGGAGCCCUGCAGCUCGCUGAGGAGACCGCCGCCCAGGUCGCCCCGCAGCACGGGCCGCACGGUCACCGCGCCGCCACCCCGGGCCGUGGCUCCAGGGCGCGCAGAGGGGGCGGCUGCCAAAGACCUGGGACGUCCGGCGAGGAACGGCAAGCCGGAGUACGCCCCGAACCGCAAGACCCCGUCAACCAAUAACGCACGAGUCCAGGCACCAGCACGUGCCAAGCCAUGUCCAGUCUCUCCGCCCACCCCAGUGCCCAAACGACAAGCCCGGAAACGGAGAGAUCAGAAGGAGCAGAGGGAGGUUAGAAGGGAGCAGGAUGCUGCAACUCGUAGGUCAAAGGAAAACUUAAGAAUUUCGCAGAUGAAUAAACGGUGCAGAUGA